UUUGAGUUCACUGUUUGGUUUAGCUAGUGUUUGCAGGCUGUGUCAAAUUCAAGUGAAUAGGCUGGGGCUUGACACUCAUUUGGCCAUAACAGCUCCGGCCUAAAAAUUCAAAGGAGGGACAUUUUAACUAUACUUUACGUCGACAAAUGUUAAAGUAAUGCAUCCCUGGUUUAGUCAGAACAGGGAGUUCCGCACUUUCACAAAUUGAUGCACUGUGAGGUGAUUGCUAGCUAGCUAACGUUACCCGCAAACUCCCUCCAUCUCGUCGGUGUUUCUGUUUCGAUCACAGCACCUCUGCUCUGUUGCUGUCUUUUCAACUUCAAAACAGGUCUUUCGGAUUUUGGUUUUAAGAGCUACAAUGGGGGCGUUUUUGGACAAGCCAAAGAUGGAGAAGCACAAUGCUCAUGGUGAGGGGAACAGUCUGACCUAUGGCCUGAGCAGCAUGCAGGGCUGGAGGGUGGAGAUGGAGGAUGCGCACACGGCAGUCAUUGGCCUGCCUCAUGGGCUCGACCCUUGGUCCUUCUUUGCUGUCUAUGAUGGGCAUGCUGGCUCCCAGGUGGCCAAAUACUGCUGUGAGCACCUGCUGGAGCACAUCACCAGCAACCCAGACUUCCAGAGUGGUCUGGAGCCCAAUGUAGAGAGUGUGAAGAUCGGCAUCCGCACAGGUUUCCUGCAGAUUGACGAGCACAUGCGGAACAUCUCAGAGAAGAAGCACGGUGUGGACCGCAGUGGCUCAACUGCGGUGGGGGUCAUGAUUUCCCCAGGCCACAUCUAUUUCAUCAACUGUGGAGACUCCCGGGGUCUUCUGAGCCGUGGAGGAGCUGUGCACUUCUUCACACAGGACCACAAGCCCAGCAACCCACUGGAGAAGGAGAGGAUUCAAAACGCCGGAGGCUCUGUCAUGAUCCAGAGAGUGAACGGCUCUCUGGCUGUGUCCCGGGCCCUGGGAGACUUCGACUACAAGUGUGUGCAUGGCAAGGGCCCCACUGAGCAGCUGGUUUCACCAGAGCCUGAGGUGUAUGCCAUUGAAAGGUCUGAGGUGGAAGAUGAGUUUAUUGUCCUAGCCUGCGAUGGCAUCUGGGAUGUCAUGGCCAAUGAAGAACUGUGUGACUUUGUCAGGUCCAGGCUAGAGGUGACCAAUGACCUUGAGAGAGUCUGCAAUGAAAUUGUUGACACUUGCUUGUACAAGGGGAGUCGGGACAAUAUGAGCGUUGUGCUGAUCUGCCUCCCAGGGGCUCCAAAGGUGACUGCAGAUGCCGUGAAAAGGGAAGCAGAGCUGGAUAAGUACCUGGAGAGCAGAGUAGAAGAGAUCAUAAAGAAGCAGGGAAACGAAGGGGUUCCAGACUUGGUCCACGUGAUGCGGACGUUAGCAUCAGAGAGCAUCCCUAACCUCCCUCCUGGGGGUGAACUGGCCAGCAAGCGAAAUGUUGUUGAAGCGGUGUACAACAAACUCAACCCAUACCGAAGUGACGACACAGACUCAGCGUCCACAGACGACAUGUGGUAACACAACCCCCACCACAAACACAGCAGAGUUUACAACCCGCAACCCUCUCAAGACCCACAGCAGCUCCGUUCAGCAGUCUGUCUCCCCACCACUUUGAGCGUUACAUUUUUAAGAAGGGAAUAUGAUGGGAGGACGAGGAGAUGCAAACACACCUCUACACCCUGGAUAGUGCAGCACCAGUCCGCUCUGAAGUUCAGGAUUCCCUCCAUUUUGUCUCACCUUUUAUCCCCCCCCCCCAACCUUACCCAUAACUAGCGAGUCCAUUAGGUUCUUUUAAAAAAUCAGCUGAAACAAUUUAUUUUUUUGCUGUAAUUAGUUUGAUUCACAUUUCCUUGUGUUUUGUAUAUUUCUGUUUUUGUGAAGUGCAAUUGUUGUGUACAAACAGCCUGUAUUUAAUGCAGCUUGAGUUCAAGUAAAACAAUGAAAGAAGUGAGAAAGAGAACCUUUUAUGCACUAUCUGCCUUUUUCCUGCUCUUCUGGAGUUCCAACAAAUGUCUAUUCAGUGAAUAUUACUGUUUGUCCUCCAGGUGAUAUUAUCCUCCUGCUCUUGUUCUUUUUUAGUUUAAGUCUUUGCUCAUUAAAGAAACGGGUAAAUUGUAUAGGUUCACAGCACAGUAAGCUCUCUAAAUCUAACCAUAUAAAUCCUAAUAUUUACAUGUUCAAAUUUUUUUUUUUUUUCAUAUACCUUUUUCUUUAUACGCUGUAGUAACUAUGGUAAAGUGUUACACAGUCCUUCAUUGUGUUCCUGUCUUUUGGAGAGAAAUGAUCUUGUUGCUCUCCUGUAAACACAACAAAGCAGUUCCAAGAUGCAAGUGAAGAUUAUCCCACCUGACACCUUUUAACACUUGCUGUGUUGGAUUCCGUGUGUGUGUGUGUGUGUGUGUGUGUGUGUGUGUGUGCGUAUACUGGCAAGCGUGCCUGGGUGCUUGUGUGUAUGUGUAGAGGUAGGUCUCUAUCUGCAGCACUGUAGCUACUAGCUAAUGUUUGCUAUGGUGGUGCUGAUGUCAGAACCACAUGGGCUGGAGAUUUAGGCGCCAUUACUCCUACAUACCUCUUCUGCACCUCAUCAGUCCUUCAUAUCAGCACAAUACAAUCUCUCACUACCCCUCACUCAGAUAACACUUUAUUUGACAGUGGAAGCAUUAAGUUGACAAAUUGCAAUUUGUACUUCAAAAUGACAUCUACCACAACCACUUUGUAAUUGUCAGUGAAGUCUGUGACACAGUUAACCUGUCUAAUGACAUACAGUGAUUUAAAAAAAAAAAAAAUGUAUAUUUUUUUUUAGUUUGAA